AUUUAGAGUAUAAAAGUGUUAACAUUUCACCUCUCUACCUCUUUCAUUUGAUACAACAUUGCAUCUCUACAACAUUAACUUCAACAUGAGAAUUAUCGUGGCAUUGGUCGUCAUGGCAACAACAGGAGUGUUAGCAGCAAAGGAGAAAAAAUGCAAAUUCUCCGAAAAUUGCAAGCAUGAAUAUUGGUGUAACAAGGGAAUAUGUGAACCUAUGAAAGACGUAGGAGAAGACUGCAUGAGGAAUGAUGAAUGUAAAGGUCUUUCCAAAUGUGUAUUAGAAAACGAUGUCAAGGUAUGUGAGGAGACGUGCAGAGUUGACAAUGAUUGCCUGCAGUACGAGAAUGGCAGAAAGAAGUAUUGUACUGUUGGAGGCACUGCUGGAACACAGAAAGGCAAAUGUGAGAUGAAACACGAGAAAGGAUAUCGCUGUGCAAGAAGCCCAGAAUGCUUAGGGAAAAUGUACUGCAGGAAUGGACAAUGCCAGGUUGCUGAGGAAGUGGUUAUCUGUAGUCUGAACUGCCAUGGACCAGACCCCAGGAAACCUGAUCACAUCAGACCAGGACAUAUUGUGAACAUCACAUACGCUUGUACAUUUAUUCGAAGGGCGGAGAUGGGACACAAGAACGUGAAGGCCGAAAUAACAUUAGACAAUACGAAGACGCUUGGCAUUGUAAAAGGUGAAUCACCGCAGUAUUUCAGUGGAUUCGUCACCAAGAAAGCCAGGAAAGGAGAGUUCACUGCAAGUUUGAAAGCUGUAAUGACAACGUGUGUGAGCAACAAAGACAGCUGCGCGGCUAACAGAAAAUGCAUUUUAAAUUCUGGACAAUAA